AUGUCGCAUCAUAAUAAUUGUCGAUUCUCGUCCAAAGACAGUGACAAUGACCAGGAUACAGGGAACUGUGCACAACUCUAUGGCGGAGCUUGGUGGUACAAAUCAUGUCAUAACGCGAAUCUAAAUGGGCUUUAUCUGAACGGGGCUAAUACCGAAAAUAGUCGUGGUAUUAACUGGGGUGACUGCUGGGGUUACGAAUACUCUCUCAAGAAUAUUGAGGGCAAUCAAACAGUGACACGAAUACACAAGCAACCAGAGCCAAUUGACUGUCUUGCGCUUCAUCACCAAGGUUACGCCGAGGACGGUGUGUAUGUGAUCAAACCAGCGGAAAAUACAUCUGCUACUGAUGUUUGGUGCGACAUGUCCAACGGUGGGUGGACGGUGAUACAACGCCGACAAGAUGGAUUAGAAGAUUUUUACAGGGGAUGGGAAGAAUAUAAAAAUGGAUUUGGCAACAGAGUUGGCGAGUAUUGGCUGGGACUUGAAAACAUUUACUAUUUAACAGAAAACAACAAUUCACUUUAUAUAUACAUGGAAACGUUUCAGAAUGACAAUAUGAAUCCGUUUUCUGCUUUUGCGGAAUUCUCCAUCUUCAGAAUUAAUGAUGAGAAUGAUAAUUACAGAUUGACAGUUGGAGGCUAUGAAGGCCCGUGCGCCGAUUCCAUGUGGUUUCAUAAUGGUUGUCAAUUUACAAGCAAAGAUAGUGAUUACGACGCCAGCGACGACAACUGUGCAGUAGCAUAUAAGAGAGCUUGGUGGUACAACGCAUGUCACAAGGCGAGUGUAAAUGGAUUGUACUUGAACGGGACACACAAAGAAUACGGUCACGGUAUAAUUUGGGCCGGAUGUUGGGGUCAAUACUACUCACUCAAGAUAACUGUUAUGAAGCUAAGAAGAAGUAACUGA